AUGAUAGAGGGAUUUGUGCUUCAUGUUCUGUUCAUAGUCUGUAUAUCUGGCACUGGUGCUGCAACUUCUAUUCUAGUUUAUCUUGUUUUUUCUGCAUUUAUAGAACACAAAAGCUUCAACUACUUUGGAUUCCUCAUAAGCUCAUUGGCACUUAUUUCAUUUUUGAUGGUCCUGUGGGGGGCAAAGUUGAUUGCAGGGAGGUCACAGACUAGAAGAACAGAAAACACUGAUGUGACUGAGUUUGAUCCUCCUUCAGAUUACAUCAUUAAUUUAAAUCUAAGGCCAAAUCCAUAUUUGGUGGGAGAGACAACUGUUCAGUACAAAGAAUCAGAUGCUGUGGAGAUGUGUGUUGUUUGCCAGUUAGAUUUUCAAGAGCAUGAGAGAGUCAUCUUUCCAAUGGGGUGUAAGCAUUAUUUUCAUAAGGAAUGCAUCACCCACUGGCUUCUUUAUCACCACAUCUGCCCAGUCUGUAGAAGGGUCAUACCUCAUGGCCCUGAUUCUGCUACAAGGGAUGAAAUCUCAGUCAUCCACAUUAUUAUUACUGCUGCAACAACCUCUAAUGGUGAUGAAGGAGAUUUGACUACUGUGGACUGUUCUCAAUCUGCAACAAAUCCAACUGUCACAGAGACUGUUGAUGGAGAUAGUCAAUUAGUUAUGGAAGAUAAGGUUGUAUAA